CAAUAACCAUCCAAAAAGCUGAAAAGUCAGAAUUUUUAUAGUUGAGUGCUAAAUCUAAUACGAUAAACGACAAAAGGUGCUAGAUUUUAUGAGUUACGAAUGUUCCAUUUGGUGACUUUAAAAUAAAAAAAUAAAAAUUAUCAGUGAAGUGCAGUUGUAUUAAACACUAAGCACUAGCACUUAACACAAUCUUAAACCAUUUUUUAUUUUAUUUUAUUUUAUAAAACCCCAUCCUCGUAUAUUAAUCAAUGAUUGAUUGGGAAAAUGGUGGAAGUAGAAUUUGGUGAUACCUCAAUGAUUAGUGAUACCUCUAUUUCCUUAAUAAAGAUCGUUAUGAUAAUAAUUACUUUGGAAAAUAUCGUCCGGCCAAGUGAAUUGACUGACUAUAUAUGUUAUCUCUUUUUUAUUUGAUAACCCAGGGAAUCUCAGCAACACGUGGCGCUUGAGCGACAACGGGACCUACUAACACAUCGGGGUACCUGCAUACUAACCGGAUUAGAUAAUGGAGUUAAUGUUUGGGUAGAAUUUGGUGUAUUGAUUCAUGUCCUCUUCAUAAGGAAAGAUUGUAGAGAUAGUUAAUUAAUACGAUGACAAAUCGCCAUGAAUCUUUGCUAGAUUCGGUUAUCUACUUAAUUGAUGUACCUUUCACCAUCACUUAUUGGUUUAUAUAGUAAAUAAAAUGUGCAUUAUUAGGCCAUCUUUGUUUUCUAGGGUUUGUUUAUAUUAUACGAUAUAAGAAGUGCCUUAUCAUCUUAUCUUUGCUUUUUCAGGGAACUAUUUGCACAUUUAUUAUGUAUACAUAUGUUUGUCACGAUUCCAAAUUCAGGUGGUAGUUGGUAUCUGAAUUGGACAUUUCGUUUGUUUCUUCCGGGCACUCAACAAUCUCGAUGGAAACCCUUUCUCUUACUUUACAAUACAUCACUAAUUUCCUCAUAACUAAUGAGAAACUAACCAAAACAAAAAUGCAUUCUAAGCUAGUUCAGAGAAUUUACUAAACUUGUACCUUUAUGAUAUAAUUUGAAAUUGUACCAUAACAUAAAAUAGUAAAUUUUAUAGGCUAGACUAGAAUUCAUUGGUUGAUUGGAAAAAUGGUGCAAGUAGUCUAGCAAUUGCUAGUCUAGUCUUAAUAAUUCAAAUUGUUUGAAUAGGUUCAUGUAUGAAUCUUAUACCACUUUUUUACACUUCUCUCAAAUAAAAAUAAAAUCAUGUGGUUGAAAUUUGUAUAAGCUCGUCAUACAACAUACUUAACCAACUGUCAAUAUUGGAUGUCGUGAAAAUUCGAACACACGUCCUCCUGGUCAAUCUAGGUUUGAUAUAAUGUCGGAACCGUUUAGUCCCAAGAACUCAAGUUGUUGGUAGAGGCUCAUGAGUUUUUUACUGGUUUUUUACGAACUUAGUUUUUUUCUUGAUUGGGUUGGUUGGAUGAUAACUUUAACACUUACAUUUUUCAAAGAUGGAUUUCAAUGAGUAAUAGCAAUGUUCUUUCUAUAGUAAAUUCAUACAUGCAUAAUUGAAACUAUAAUAGUUUGAAAUAACUCAGAAAUACCACGUUCACAAAUAACGCAUAAAUUUGCUCCAAAAUGCUACGUACUAUGAUGUUUUUGUGGAACGAUCAGUUUACCUAGCUAAUCUAUUCUUGACCAUGCAUUUGCAAUGGACUGAUGUUGGUUUAGUUUGUUGAUACAUGCAACAACGUGAACAAGACAGAUCCCAUCAUGGGACAAAGAAACAGAAUAUAUAAUUAGUGAUACCUCUGCUUCCUACGUCAAUGAUUAGUGAUACCUCUGUUUCCUUAAUAAAGAUCGUUAGGAUAAUAAUUACUUUGGAAAAUAUCGUCCCGAGUCAAUUGACUGACUAAGUUCUCGUCAGUUUUAGUUGAAUAACAAUAACUUUAUGAUAAAAUUGAACGUAGGGAUAAAAACUCCUUGUGAACCGUACCAGUAAAAAAAAAAAAAUUUGGUAACAAAUUAAAAUAUUGUUUUUAUAUUUUAUUAAUUAUAAGAUAUCCUCGGACAGUAAUUAAUGUAAUGCUUGCUAUAUCAGAACCACCAUCGAACGUGACGUUGAAUCUUGAGCGUACCUAUUGCCUUUUGCCAAGGGUUUCCCGGAUCUCGUAUAGUUUCAGUGAAGAAACGGCAAAUGGGAGCCCUUAUAUAACCUUUGAUUACGGUGUUGUUAGCGAACUAAUCACUUGGCCCCAAUAACUCAAGUUGUUGGGAAAUGGAUAAUUAAGUCUUUUAAUUUCUUAUAAAUGAGAUUAAUUAAUUAGGGAUACAUCUUAAUUAGGACUGCAAAUGAGCCAAGCUACUCGCGAGCAACUCGAGGCUCGAAUCGGGAAAAACUCGUUCGAAACUCGAUUCGUUUACUGACGAGUCAAGCUUGAGCUUAGCUUUGUUCAACUCGUGAAGCUCGCGAGCUAGCUCUACUCGGUGGCUUGUUGAGCUCAACUCGUGAGUUGGCUCAUUUAAAGCUCACGAGAUGUCUCAACAUUGUGGUUUGAGGGCCAACUUGAUCACCGACUUAUGGACUAAUCGAUCUAAUUUGAACUUUCAUAAUUCAUAGGAUUGUUAAAUUAUAUAUCUCACAUAAUGUGAAGUUUAACAUGUUGAACAUGUAAGAAAAUAUGCCUUAUUUUUAAUUCUAUAAAGAAAUUAUGUACAAAAUUGUUUCGAUACUAUGAAAUAACAUGAUUUGAAAUAGUUAAAAUUUAUUAACUAAACAAUAUGACACCUAAAAAUUAUAAUAUAAGAUUAAUUAAUGUUGAACAUUUGAUUAUUUUUUUAUCGCUACAUCAAUCACAUGUACCAUGCACGACAUACAAAAUGAAUGUAUCAAAUACAAUCUAAGAAUUUAGUAAACAAGCCUAGAUCGAACUCGACUCAGCUCGUUAAUAAAUGGCUCGGGCUCGAGCUCAGCUCAUUUGUUAACGACUCAAGCUCAAGCUGAGGUAAAACUCGGCUCAGCUCGACUCAUUUGCAGCCCUAAUCUUAAUUAAUCGUUGUCACGAGCUAGCUAAAGACUAUAUAUAUGAAUACGACUCGUAUGCUCCAUACACAUAGCAUGCUCCACAAACUUGCACCGUUGAUCUAAUCUAAUGCUCAUUAUUAAUUCUGAUUAAAUCAAUUAAUUAUAAAUAAUUAUAAUUACUACAUGAUCCCCUUAAAUAAUUAUACAAACAAUAUGAUCCCCCAAAAUAUUUUACCAUUAUAUUUUGUGUAUAAUACCUAAUUCUUUUAAUCAUUUUUUCAAGCACCCACAUUUCGAUUGUGGUCUAUGAAGAUGUGUUUAAUUUUUUAUACAAUUAAACUCCAACCAAAAACAAAUUAUAUACUCAUGCAAAUGAAUGGCAGUUAACUUCACAGAAUCAUCUUCCCUAACAUAUAAAAAGUACUCCCCAGAAACGUCCAAUAUUUCAUCCCAUCUUUCCUUCGUUGCCGCCGUUUCAUCCCUGCCCUCCAGCCCUAAAUCCGGCGGUGCUGUCGUCGCUGACGGGACUCAUCGUCGCUUGCUGCUGAAGGUGUAGGAUAAGAUGGUUGCCGGAGACGUCGAAGAAGAAGAAGGUCGUUCGCUGUCGGGACCCAUAUGUCGAUAUUCUAUCCGGCACCGGAUAUCAAUAGUUUUUUUUUUGCUUCUGCUCGCAGUUAAGGGGCGGGUAAAAUUGAGUUCUCUAGAGCACCAGCAAGAUUAAUUACGAUUGGGGGAUCAGAGAAGGGGCAGAAGAAAGCAGCAGCAAAGUGGGUAAUGGUGAUUGAAUUAUUGAAAUAAUGUCGAAGAAGGGUUACUCAACUAUGUUCUUGAAGGAAUUCCUCGGCGGAUCAAUUCCGUCUGAUCUUACUCAACUAUUUUUCCUUGGUAUUAUCUCUCCAAAAACAUCAUUCAAUUUGCUAGGCGUAAAAUCAAUAGUGUUAUAAAGGCGUUGCUACGGCUCGUAAAAUCGCCGGAAUCGAUAAAGCAAGAAUACGAAAGCGAGAAUCGAAAAACACAGACACACGGUUUACGUGGUUCACUAACACGAUGUGUGUUAGCUAGUCCACGGGCGAGAAAGCCAGUUUCACUAUAUCGAGAAGAUUACAGAUUACAGAGAAGUAUGAGAAGUAUUUAUAGUACUUCUCCAUGUGGGUCUAAACCUAAUCCAAUUUGGCAAAGGAAACGGUUACAGACCAGGCCUAGAACCCGAACCCAAAUAACAUUGAGCCCAUACACCGCGAGAACCCCGACUACCAGUUGUAGCGGCUGAUAGUCCGGUUCAAGUCACAUCAACAAAUAGUUUUGUUAUGAUGUCUCUAAGGUAGAACCAUAUAGAUAUAAAGAUCGAAGGUAGGUACCCACUGCAUUGAUGAAUAUCGUUGCACUCAGCCAGCAGCUUGAAGAGAACAAGCAACGAAAAUCAUUCUUAUCAUGAUUCAAUAGAUACGACGGAAUAAAGUGAAUAAAACAAACAAAAUCAUGCUUUGAAUGGUUUAAUAGAUACAAUGUGUCAGCAGCGGAUCCAGAAUAAUAUAGAGCAUUGAGCUACUUUUGAAAAAAAAGAUGAAGAGGGUUGGACUGUAAAGCAAUGAACAUUGAGACGCUGUGUGUCAGUUAUUGUACUUUUCCCAUGAAUAAUAACCUUAAGCAGUUGGGAGUUCUUUUUCUUAACAAUUUUAUUCUGUUCAUGGGUUUGAACUAAAGGUUACAAGAUUGCUUCUCUUAAUGCAGCUUCUGACAGAACCAUAGACAUUAUGCCAAAUUGCAGCAGUAGAGCACUGAAUAAGUCACAUUCCCAAAUAAAAUAAAUGCAUUGGUUAAAGAGAACAAUGAAUAAAUUGCUCGAAAUGGAGAUAAGGCUGGCGGCGGCUAAGACUUUCACUAUCCAUCUGCAAUCUCGUCUUCCCCUUUUUCUUCUGUCACCCCGCCCCGCAAUCACCAUCGAUUUUUUCACUCCCCGAUCAAAAUACCUAUUGCUCCACUACUGCAUACCGCUAUUAUCCCUCGCUCUCCCUUCAGCUGCGGGCAGAAAACAAUCACAAAUCAAUCGAUCCUUUUCCAGAGAGAGUGCGGAUUGCACAAGACAACGUUCCUCGGCGCUAGAUUGUGAAGGUUUGGAGUUGUGGGAAGGAUUUCAUGAUUGGCCGCCAUAGAUUGGAUUGUGCUGGAAGUUUGGGGUUGAGGGGGACUAAGGGAUUGGAAAAAGAGGAGGAGUGAAAGACGAUGAAGAGAUGGCAAAAUAUAGGUCGUUGGAGAAGAGUGAAAAUUCAAUAGAGGAAGCAAUUAAACAAAUUUAGAUGAUAAAGGAUGAUCAUCGAUGCAUCUGAUGCUUAAAACUACAUUCAGAAAAACUAAGGGUACGUUAAUAUAGGAUGUAAUGGUAAACAUUAUUGGGGGACUAUAAUACAAGUAUAAUUAUUUUUCGGAUGCAGUUAGUAAUUAUAAUUGUAAAUUAAUAAUUAAUUUAAUCAAGAAUAACAAUAGACGUUAGAUUAGAUCAACGGUGUACAAAACAUGGAGCAUGUUAUGUGUCUGGAGCAUACGAGUGUUACCCAUAUAUAUAUAUACAAACGCAGAGAGGGAUUUAGCAUUCACCACCACAAAGAGAGAAAGACGACAGAGAAGAACAGAAAUGGAACAAGCUAAUGAGAUCCUCUUGAGCAAUAAGCCUCCACUACCACUAAUAAUCAUCCUAAUCCCCAUUCUAAUCAUCCUUUUCUCAACCAUAUACAUCCUCAAGAAACAGAACAAAAACAGAGCUGCAGCCACAUUUCCCCUGCCUCCAGGGCCAUGGAAGCUCCCCAUCAUCGGCAACAUCCACCAGCUCGCCUUCUCCUCCGCCCUAAUCCACCGCCGUUUGGCUGAGCUAGCAGAACAAUACGGCCCAGUGAUGCAGCUCAAGCUCGGCGAAACAUCCAACGUCGUCCUAUCCUCCCCUGAAGCGGCGACAGAGUACCUGAGAACGCACGACCAGAACUUCUCCAUCAGGCCUCACAUGCCGACGGCCAGCAUCCUCUUCUACAGCGGCAAGAGCAUCGCCUUCUCGUCCGACGGGGAACACUGGCGGCGGAUGAGGAAGCUCCUGGCCAUGGAGCUGCUGAGCGAGAAGCGGGUCAAGUCGCUGCGGCCCAUUCGAGACGAAGAGAUCGGCAAGCUGAUGAAAGUGAUUGGCAGCGAGCCUGCCGGAGGAGCGGUGAACCUCAACCGGCUGCUGGUGUCGGUGGGCAAUGCGAUGACGUCGAGGACGGCGUUUGGGAAGGUCAGGGAGCUGGAGUCGUCUUUCCUGCCGGUGGCGCGUCAGAUCCUGAAAGCGGUUGGUGGGUUCAACAUCGGGGACAUCUUCCCUUCCAACAGGUUGUUGCUUAUAAUUAGUGGAGCAGAGAGACGGCUGAAGAAGAUUCACCAAGAAGCAGAUGUCAUCCUCCAAGGAUUAAUUGAUGAGCAUGUAUCGAGAAGAAGAAGAGAAACAGAGUAUCCUGACACAGCCGAUGAUGAUGAAGAUCUAGUUGAUAUGCUCCUGGCUUACACUAAUUACAACCACGUCGAGGUUAAAGCAAUCAUCAUGGACAUAUUCGUGGCUGGGGGUGACACUUCUCCUCUUACGGUGGAAUGGGUCAUGUCUGAACUGAUGAGGAAUCCGGAGAAGAUGGUAAAAGUACAGAGAGAGGUAAGGCAGCUGUUCGACAAGAGAGGGAAAGUGGUAGAUGAAGCGUGCAUCGAUGAACUGCAGUAUCUCAAAUCGGUCGUUAAAGAGACUUUCAGAUUGCAUCCUCUCGCUCCUCUGUCUGUUCCGAAAGAAGGCAGAGAAGCGGUUGCGAUUAAUGGAUACCAAAUACCGACAAAGACAAGGGUCAUAGUCAAUUACUGGGCCAUCGCUCGGGAUUCCUCACACUGGACGAACCCGGAUCAAUUUAUACCGGAAAGGUUCCUCGACACUUACAUCGAUUACAAGGGUUUCGAUUCCCAUCUCUUUCCAUUUGGAGGUGGACGGAGGGUGUGCCCUGGCAUGGACUAUGGGAUUGCUGUUGUUUAUGCUUUACUCAUGAAUCUGCUCUACCAUUUUGAUUGGAAACUCCCAAACCAAUUGAAACCUCAGGAUCUUGACAUGUCUGAAGAUUUCGGAGUUACGGUUUCACGCAAAAAUAAUCUAUAUCUCAUUCCCAUCCCUUACCAUGGACCUUAAACAGACAUUUCCCCUUCACAUCAUAUAAGGAUGCAUGAGGAGUUGAUGAUCACGUACCGUUUGUGACUGUUAAUAAAUAACCUGUUUUGUAAUGUGAUUUCAAUCUAAUAAUAGUUUCGAAGCAUUGUGUAUCUCCUUAAGUAUAGUGAAGUUGGCUCUCUCCCGUUCACAGACUAAAUAACACACGUUGUGUUAGUGAACCACAUAAAUCUAUGUGUUCUUUAAUUUCUUGCUCAUCGCGUUGUCUUUUCUUGUAUUGUCGAUUGCCGGCCCGAUCCGUGCGUGGCAACAACAUCUCCUUCUUUGUUUCGUGUUGUGUAACUUAGACGGGUGUAAUUACUCUAUAUGUUGUAUAAAUGAGUGUUUUGUAAAAAUAUGUUCACACAUAUUUAUUGUGCAUGGUCACUGUAACAUAGUUUUUGAACUUAUAACAAAUCUAUUCGUGCAUCUCCAUUCAAAUCUGUCAAAUUGGCCCAUUAGCAUUCCAAAUCAUAAAAAGUAACUAACAACAUACCAAAUUCUACCUAAACAUUCCAAAGUAAUUAUCGUCCUAACGAUCUUUAUUAAUGAAAUAGAGAUAGGAUGCCAGUGUCAAAGCUAUCAUCCAAUCAAUCCGAUCAGCGAUCAAGAAAAACAAAAACAAAGUUUGUAAACACUAAUAAACAAUUUGACCAACUUGAGUUCAUGCACGUCAUUUUUGGUGCGCCAUAUCUAGCUAUGCCCCAACCCAACCUUCAUUUUCACUGAUUCGUUAAAUACGGACAUUAAAUGUGUUUCACAGGAGGGAUUUAUACGUGUUUAGUACGAGAGUCAUCAAAUAGACGGGAAAAAAUGAAACAAUCAGUCACUAAUAUUGAAAUAAAAGUUUUAAACACAUAAAAUACGUACGACCAUAUAUACGAGUAUUAAACAUAGUAGUUACUGAGUUGAAAACAGCAACAAUUUGGUACCACCAGAUCUCAGUAGUUAAUUAUUGGGUUAAUAUCUUAUUUUGGCCCGAACUAUGACCAUAUAAUCAACUUUGGCCCAUGGUUUCAGAAAUUAACAUCCUAGCCUCAACUAUGCAACAUAUAAACUCAAUUGGCCCGACACAUAGUUUGACCGUCAAUUUGAACGGUCAACUCUGUUGACCGUUAGUCAACAUGCUAUGUCAUUGCCUAGUCAGCAUAAAAAUCAUUAAAAAAAUUCAAAUUAUUUUCCUAAUUUCUAUUAUUUAUCAUUUUCCAAUUAAUCAAAAAAUAAAAUUAAUAAUUUUUUUUGCGAUAUUUGAAAAUGAUAAAUUUUAUAAAUUAACCAAAAUUAUAAAAUUAUAUUUUAAAAAUUAAGAACAUUAUCAUAUAAAUUAUAUUUUUUGGGAAGUUUUAAAAAUAUAAAAUAAUUUGAUAAUUUUUGGUUAAUUUAUAAAAUUUAUCAUUUUCAAAUUAUCCAAAAAAUAAAAAUAAAAAUUUAUUUAUGUUUUUUAUAAUUUAGUUUUGGUCAAUUUGAUAAUAAAUAAUUUUUUUAAUGAUUUUUAGGCUUACUAGGCAAUGACAUGGCGUGUUGACUAACGGUCAACAGAGUUGACCGUCCAUGUGUCGGGCCAAUUGAGUCUAUAUGCUGCAUAGUUGAGGUCAGGAUGUUAAUUUCUGAAACCACGGGCCAAAGUUGAUUAUAUGGUCAUAGUUCGGGCCAAAAUAAGGUAUUAACCCUUAAUUAUUAUACCAAUGCAUUAGAUACAUACACAAAAAUGACGUGCAUGCAUGCAUGCAUACCGAUCGAGUCAUUUGAAUAAGAAAGCGUCUCUGCUGUAAAGCUUUACUUUAGAGCGUUUUACCACUAAAUCACUACCUUUUGCAGCGCUUUAUUAUAAAUCGCAAACAAUCUUAGAUAUUUGAGGGAAUUAAUUUAGUAAUUACUA